AUGGCAAGCAACUUGGAACAAGCCUCGGAAGUCCAGCGACGACAAGAAAAGAGCGAACAAGCCAGACAGAGGUUUCUGGACUCUAUUGCCAGGAGCACCGAUUAUGACUGGAUCAUGCAAAAUAUACGUUUCGGCAUCGAAUACCCACAGCAAGUGUAUUUGCAGCAUGGUAUGAAAAGAACCGACGAGCAACUCGAAAGUCAACUCAAACAGACGUGGUGGAAAACGGUGGAGGCAGCGAAGUUGUAUCCUGCCGACGAUGACGGACGCCAGUACAAAUUGAUCGCCUGGGUCGCUGGAGCCAGAGCGCGUGGAACAGUGCCGAGUACAACACAGGAUGCCUAUGUCGCGGAUGGAGGGAAAGUCUUGUGGAAAGAUUUGCCGUUUUUCGAAGGCGCUCUUGAAAAUGCAUGGGCGGAUGAGGCAAAUUUGUCGAAAGAGAAGUGGACCAAUCUCAAUGCUUUCGCAUCAGGCCUCGCUCAAGUGACUGGCAUGGACUUGAUGCAGUUCGGUCUUCAGACCAUCAAAGCAACUUUGGAAGAACCUCGACUUGUGUCUUCAGGGAAUGUUAAAAGUCAGGCUGGUCAUAAGUCUGUUGCAGACUUGUUGCCGGCGGCGAUUUUUUGGCUCGGAAGAUCAUACUCUUUCUUCAAAGUCAUGCUGCCAAUCAUCGAGCGAGCGGUCAACGAGGGGAAACACCCGCCGACAGGCUGUGGAAGUGGCAUCGUCCCGGGGGAGCUAGCAUUGGCCGGUGGAGUCACUAGAGAUGGCUUGAGUCUUGCGAGACAGCGUUUCUGGAGACAUCGACUCAUAGAGAUUGGACAGCAACCAACUCAAGCAAGCGGUGGCAAUGAAGGCGAACGUGAUACAACGGCGGAGACUGCCCUUGAAUGGUCGAGAAGAAUGGCGACUUGGACUCUGAAUUGGCCAAUUGACAUGAAAGAUGUGCCUGGCUAUGAGGAGCCGAUCGAAUACAAAAAGGAUGGUAUAUGA